UGCCAAGCUGCAAAGUUGAAAUUUAACAUAAAUCGUGAAAAUGUAUGAAGACGUCAAUAAGCUUUUUGCUCUUCAUUUAAGCGUAGGUCAGGCACACAUUUAGGAGUAUGGUUAGAGUUAGUUUUGAAAUCCGAUUUUAAGAAGAUAAAUUGUAGAACUUCCGGUUUUGCAGCUUGGCCAGAUAGUGCCAACCCCUCAGUAGACAGACAGCGGUGUGUUCUGCGUUUCUCUAGUCUCACUGAGUUGUGUUCACAGCGAAUGCACCGACACCGGACGGACCCGCGGUCUGCCAGCGGGUUGAAGAUCUGCGUUACUUUAUUGUCCCUGCUACUUUUUACAGCUUGGUCUGUCUUUCUCUGAUUGUGUGCCUGCCCUGCCAUGGCUGUCCUGCUAAGGCGUGUGGGCCGUGUGGCUCUACAGUUGUCCCUGAGACAGACCAGGACCCCCCAGAAGACCCCGCUGCUAGCCACUCUUCUAGGAACCUGCCGGACCAAGAAGACAUGGCCCAAGUCCUUCUCUCAGGAGGAGCUGAAGAAACGUCUCUCCCCCAUUCAGUUCCAUGUCACCCAGGAGAGAGGAACAGAGAGUGCCUUCAGAGGAGAAUACACUGAAUAUAAAGAGGAUGGGAUCUACACCUGUGUUGUCUGCGGCGCCCCGCUGUUCAAGUCAGAGACAAAGUUUGACUCUGGAUCAGGUUGGCCUUCCUUCUAUGACCUGAUAAAGGAGGAAUCAGUCACUGUAACAGAUGAUUUCGCCUAUGGGAUGCACAGAGUUGAGACCAGCUGUAGUCAGUGUGGUUCUCACCUCGGACACCUGUUUGAUGACGGCCCCAGACCCACAGGGAAACGAUACUGCAUCAACUCUGCCUCUCUGGGCUUCCAGUCAGCCUCUGCCUCAGCCUCUAUCCCACCCAGCAACGGAGAUGGGACAGGAGCUGGAGCUGGGCCAGGUGGUGCGGACGGGGCAGGAGCUGGGGCUGGGCCAGGUGGUGCGGUCGGGGCAGGAGCUGGGGCUGGGCCAGGUGGUGCGGUCGGGGGCAAGACUGAGCUCUGAGUAGGGUCUCCUUGGUCUUGGACAGAUUUCAGGAUUACCUGAACUACAGGCAUGGUCACUCACUCCUUAUCCAAACUGGUAGCCUAGGUCCUGGUCGAAAUGUUACAAACAGAACAGAGAACAGCUGGAGAAUAUAGGUUACACAGAUCCGAAAACAGUCAGCCAACGAGGUUACACAGAUCCGAAAACAGUCAGACAACUAGGUUGCACAGAUCCGAAAACAGUCAGACAACUAGGUUGCACAGAUCCGAAAACAGUCAGACAACUAGGUUGCACAGAUCAGAAAACAGUCAGACAACUAGGUUACACAGAUCCGAAAACAGUCAGACAACUACAGUCAGCUCAAUAAGGGGCCAUCAGCACCCCUUAGAAACAUGUGGAACAUGAUGCCUCUUCUGUGGCUUUGUAGGUUAUACACACACACACCCAAAUACAGUUGGUCAAACAGUCAGUCAAAUACAGUCAGACAAAUGACCACAGUGGCCAUGUACCAAGCUGGCCAACCACUGGCUGCCUGCCUUUAUAAAGUCCCGGGCCUCUACUGUACUAUACAACUGUCUGAGGAGGUAAAUAUUGUCUUUAUAAAGUCCCAGGCCUCUACUGUACUAUACAACUGUCUGAGGAGGUAAAUAUUGUCUUUAUAAAGUCCCAGGCCUCUACUGUACUAUACAACUGUCUGAGGAGGUAAAUAUUGUCUUUAUAAAGUCCCAGGCCUCUACUGUACUAUACAACUGUCUGAGGAGGUAAAUAUUGUCUUUAUAAAGUCCCAGGCCUCUACUGUACUAUACAACUGUCUGAGGAGGUAAAUAUUGGAUGCAGUAUCACGUUGCUCACAUUGCUUUUGACCGUUACAAGUUUUGAUCAUAUUUAAAGUAUAUCAACUGUUAUAUUUUUCUUUCUAGUAUAUUUAAAGCCUUUUGCUUUUGGGGAAAAAAAGUGAAUGAUUUAUUAUUAUGAUUGUGUGUACUUGACUUUGAAGAGCAAUGUGUGUUGUUUUUAAAAAGAAAGUGAUAUUUGAUACAGAGGGGUGGAUAGUUUAAGGACAACGCUCAUAUGAGCUGUAGAAUAAACACCAAGAGGAGAAAUAAGCAUUCUGUCCAAUAAGAAAGGCGCGCAUACACACACACACACACACACCAGAUUGACUUCUGUUUAGUGUGAAUACAACACUAACCUGUCUUUUUAAAGGUUUCUUCUCCUGCCCCCUACUUCCUGCUGUUCGUCAUUCUAUUCUCUAGCUGAAUGUUUUUCUUGCGUUUUUGUUUCCCAGACUUGUAUUGACACAAAGUUAUAUUAAAAUAAAACUUGACACAGCAA